AUGGUCCCUUUGUGCCCUGGUCCCUAUGUUACUAUUCAAGUCGGUGACAAAGGGGCCAAGUACAAAGUAUCCCGUCCUCUUCUCUGCAGACACUCUGCUUAUUUCAGAGCAAUGUUCGAAAGCUGUUUCAAAGAGGGCAAUGAGCAAGCAGUGACCAUGCACAAGAUCAGAGGCGUUGUCACUGAGCGUAGCCUCCUCAUGCUGCUCCAGUGGCUAUACCUCAAUCGUAUCGAGUUUCCGUCGCAGAUUCAAGGAAGAUGCAUCAAUGCGUACAUCGAACUGGCUCGAUUGGCGGACAUGUGGGCUAUCACAGGCAUGGAACAACUUCUGGCUGAUAAGAUCAAGGCCAUCAUUACCAGCUCUAUUCCCCGAGUUAACCUAUCAUGUGUCGGAGGAGAAAACGGAAAGGUUCGUCACCUGACUUCUAGCCAUGUCAAGUCGGCCUCGAUGUUGUUCAAGGGUCAUCCAGUCCGCUCUCUUAUCGCUGAGGCUUCGGCUGGUGCCUUCAUUCUCAUGGAGAAUUUCAAGUUCGCCAGAGAGCUUCGUGAAAAUUCCAAUUAUGCUGGUGAUCUGCUCGACGAACUGAAGGAUUUGAUCAAAGGGCAGGUCAAGGAUAAGAGAGUCAUCACUCCCUACACCCUUCAUUAUUGGAAGAAUUCUAGUGCUUGAUUGGGUGGAUGAUAGCUCUUAGGAAGCACGAGGAGGUUUUAUUUGAAUAUGGCUGGAAUGCACUGUCACGGCUUAGCGCGGUCAGCAGGGGUAAGGAUAUCUGCCUGUUCUAUGUGGAAGCUUCUUCGUGUUCCUUUUCUUCUAUCCUCUCAUUUGUUUUUUCAUCCAAGCAGCAACUAGUCCGCUGGAAUUUUGACUGAUCUGGGAAUCUUGUCCUGGUGGAGUCACUCUUUUGUGUAUGCAGCUAAGUACGUGCCGCUGUUUCUUAGCUCAGGAUAGCGAC